AUGGCCAAUCGACUUGGAGUACCGAAGAAACGUGCGAAUGUUCCAAUCACCGGCAUCAAUGCUCUGCGAUCCUUAGCUCGUGAGAAGGUCAACAUUAGUUUUCGAUCCCGUGUAUCUAGCUUUCGUGCAGGCCUCGAUUGUUUAGUCACAAAGCAAGCCACUGGAACUAUCCCUACAUCGAAUCUGGACAUUGACUCUUGGAAUAUCCCAACUGGUCUGAUACUAGCUGAUCCCCAGUUCCACAUACCCGCAAAGAUCGAUAUGCUAAUAGGAGCAGAAAUAUUCUUUGACAUCUUUAAACCAAGUCAGCUUCUUCUAGAAGAUCACCUACCUCAUUUGCGCGACACCUACCUUGGAUGGAUCGUAUCUGAUGUUAUUCACGAACCGUACUCUCCAACAGUAAACCUCCAACACUCCAAUAUAGCUUCAAUUGAAGAAGUUGAAACCAUGAUGCAACAAUUCUGGCAAAUUGAGAAAGUGUCAGAUGUUCCCAAAUUUUCUGCUGAAGAAUAG